UAGACAAGGAGGUAAAGUAAAGACAUGCGCAUCUGGGUGUCUGCAUCGCUGGGACUCUGAAACCACCGGGCCUUGGAAACGCCGUCUUCUUAUCUUUGUGCCGUGGAACACGCGGACACGAGAAAGAAAGAUUGUCGCCGGUUUUGUUUGCUCCAGCAAACCUGCUGCCGUGUCCUGGGCGAUGGUGCUCGUGCCAUGGCGGACGUGUGAGCUGUUGUUUCUGUCCAUAGACUGGACAUGCACUUGGCGCGUUAGCCGGAUCGCCGGGGCGGGUGUCCAGUUUCGCAGAGCCCGUCAAGCUGCGCUGUUCCAUGUGUUGGCAGUAUGUUCUUGCUGGGGCUCUAUAUAUACCCACCCUCCUGCUAGAAUGUAAAGGUCGUGAAAGAGAGCAGGCAAAUAAGGAAGAAGAGUACUAUAUCCAUACAUCAAGCACAUACCUUUUUCUUGAGGAGGUUCAUUGCGUCUACAGAAACAAGAAACUUGCAACCAUGAGCAGAUCUGACGGAGGAGCUGCGGUCCUUCCGGUGCACCUGGAAGAUGAUGAAGAGUUGUUCGAGACCUCAUCUUCCAUCUCCAGCGACUCGGAUGAUGAGGCCCAGUUCUCAGACGGCGAGGAGUUUGAAGCUCAACAAGACAAGUUUGCGCUGCAGGCGGCUUCCCAAACGCCGCAGCCAGUGCGAAGACUGAAUUCAGAUAGCAUCUGCGAUCUGUCAGCUAUGAAGGCAGAACUCCCUAUCAAGAAAGGGUUAUCCAAAUACUACGACGGGAAGUCUCAGUCCUUUGAUUGUAUGUCCGAGGUGAGAUGCCUACAGGAUCUACGCAAGAAAGAGAGCCCGUACAAGAAGUUCAAAUCAUGCAAGAGCUACGUAGAUCUAGAUGGGAACCAGGGAACUUGUCAUGUACCUGGUCCUAACAGCAAAACAGUAGCCAAGAAGCCCUCUGGAAGUUCUUGCGCAAAUUUGAUGGCUCGGAACAGCAGCGCCAACAUGCUCUACAGGCCUCCCCCAAUUCCUGUAAACAAAAGCGGAUACCAUCAGUAGAGUCGCAACUAGCAUGUUUUGUCCAGGAUCUCACCUCUGUUCUUUACUUCUUUGUUCGUUCUCGAGGGAUUUUUUUCUUGACAAGCAUAUUAGCCUGUCAGAUUGUAAGAGGUCUUCCUUCUCUGCCGUCAACAGUGAUAUUGUUCACGAAGAUAUUGAUGUAAUUUGUAAAUAACUAGACAAGUUGUAACCGGACAUUUCUUUUGACCGCAGUGAUUGGUUAAACAACA